CAUUGCGCGCAGCAUGAGCGCUCCGCAGCAAAAGGAUGUGUGAGCAGGCAGCGCGCUACUGUCGGGACGGAGUCCACAAACUGCUGAACAAAGAACAAGCCAAACUCCGAGCGCAGGAAAGCCGCGACCAGCCGAAACCCGGAGCCGGUCACGACAGCGUGUCCGCAACGGCAGCGCAGUACGGAAACAGCGGGGCUCAGCCCGGUGGAAUCGACGGGCUCGUCCGCUGGAUCGUCACCAAGAUGAGCGACAACAAGAACAUUUCCAGCCGGGAGUACGCCGCCAGCAGGGAGGAGGUGGCCGUGGCGCAGGAGCAGUUCUUCGCCCCGGAACCUCGCAGAGGCAUCUCCGUUAUUCUGGAUAUCUUCAGAAGAGCAGAUAAAGAUGAUGAUGGAAAGCUUUCUCUGGAUGAGUUCCAGGCUUUCUUCUCAGAUGGCACGCUCAACGAGGAAGAGCUGGAAAAGCUGUUUCACACCAUCGACUCCGACAACACCAGUAAUGUGGACACUAAGGAGCUGUGCGACUACUUCGCCAAGCACAUGGGCGACUACGAGGGAGUUCUGGCCUCAUUGGAAACUCUCAACCUUUCCAUUCUCAAAGCCAUGGACUUCACCAAGAAGGUUUAUGAGUCAGGAACCAACGUAGAGCAGUUUGUGACCCGUUUUCUGUUGAAGGAAUCAGCCAAUCAGAUCCAGUCUCUCCUCAGCUCUGUGGAGAGCGCCGUGGACGCCAUCGAUGAGCAGCACAGCCGAUCAGGUCAUUUACCAGCCAAGGCGAGUCCACGGAUGUCAGAGAGGCGCUACGAAAACGCUGUCCCUGACUAUCCACCGAACAACAGAGUCAGUGCCAGAGAGGCCAUCAGGACCAUCAACAUGGCUUCAGGUGCAGUGGAAGUGAGGAAAGAAGGUUUGGAGGCUCAAAUCAACCGCUUGGCUGAAUUAAUUGGACGGCUGGAGAAUAAGACAGUCUGGUUUGACCUGCACCAGAGGCUAACAGACACAGAUGGCACCACCAGCGCCUCCUUGUUGCUGGUUCGUCAGGAGAGUGUUUCUCAGAAGAAGCUGGGAGAGUUUUGUGAGGCUCUGAAGCAGUACCUGAAGAACGUGUCGGCUCAGAGAGACUGCUUUCAUGUGACUGCGGUGCGUCUGCCCGACGGUUUAUCUUUUGUCGUCUAUGAGUUCUGGGAUGGAGAGGAGGAGUGGAAGAGGCACCUCCAGUCGGCUCCCAACAAAAGCUUCCAGCAUGUGAAGGUGGACACGCUGUGCCAGGCGGAGUCCGUGUCUACCGUUGCUGUGCCAGCCACCUGGUGCAGCGUGAACAGGGACUGAGCAUGAAGUUUGGAAGAUACACGCCAAGACUCCCGAAAACUCCUGACAACCUCCUUAAGCCCCUCCCACCUUCUGCCUCAGACCCCUCCCCUUCACACCCUCACAUCCCCCAAACUCUUUUGUAAGUACAUGUUUACACAGUGCAAAACGAAAGGUGUGAAACAUCCAACAAAACAGUGCUUUUUAUAACAUGAAGUUACCGGAACUCAUUUGCAUCUCGCAGUGGUCGUUCGCCAUCUCCAAGACUUUGGGUUGGUUUAAGUAGCUCUGAGACACUGUAAGAUUUGUAGCACGGGUCCAUGGGUUUAGUUUGACAUGUAGCAGAAAA